AUGGCAGACCUGCUCAUCAAGACCGGGCUGAUCGAUUUGGGCACCAGGAAGAAGAUCGGAACCACCAGGGAGGUUUGUAAGAUGUUCUAUGCACUUAUGGGAGCCCACAAACUGGAGAGUGACGUCUUCUCGGUCCUGCGGCUGUGGGAGUGGUUCAUCGCCCUAUCCAACGAGGACCUGGGCAGCACUGACAAGUAUAAGGGACUGGAGGAGACCGCCCGUGAUUACGUCGCUGCUUGCCCACGAUAUCUGGGCCGCACUCCAAGCUACAUCGAGUUCGGAGAGAUGGACCCUGACCAGUGCGACAAGGAUGUCCCUGGGCCCUACCUUCGCGUGCGCUUCGAGGAGUCGGAUGAUGGCAUCUACCGUUGGAGACAGAACAUCGCAGAGGAGAAGAGGCCCGAGAUCAGUGACGCUUGGAGGCCCUUACCCUACGACUACCUGUCUGGCACCUUCUGCAGCCCGUCGAUGAAAAUCCCGGGGCCCGCUGCAGACAGAGUCCGUCCUUUGCCGAACAAGCUCUGCGCGUGGCUCAGGGGUCGCAGUGUCCCGAAAUUGGUGAGCAUCAAGCACUCCAUUGAGCAGACACCGCCAUACGACUUCCUUCGCGAAGAGGAGCAGGAGGAGACGGACGAGAAGGGUUCGGUCGUGAUGGUCACGUACCUGUAUGUAUGGUACAAAACCUUGCAGGGCAAGGUCUACUAUCGGCGAUUAACCAAAGGAGGAGGCCUUGGAGAGGAAUAUGACGGGGGGAAGAAGUACAUCCUCAGCUACUCCGAGUCCAAGAAGACCUUGGUGUCGGGAGUGGUGGCCGGCUGGGCGUGUCCUCGCAAGGUUGUCACCUGGCUGUUGGAGAACCGGAGCCUAUCGAAUCUUAUCCCCGGCCGGCGGAGGGGUCGCAACAAGGGCAACGACUGGAAUUCACCACUCUGGAGGAUGGAGCAGCAGAGUUCUACCAACAAAAAUGAGACGAUCAGCGUGAAGGCCAUGCCAAUUAAGGCUUCAGGCGGGGGGCUUCAUCUACCCAUACAGCACCGACGACCGCAGAACCUGGCGGCCGCUUUCCUACGCGGAAGAACGCAAGAAGUGGGUGCGGCCUCGAGCACCAAUCUGGAGUCUGAUGAAGAUGGGAUUCCCUGCGAGGCAAUCAUGGCCAUCACACCCUCUGAGGAGUCCAGUGCCGGCAUGGCGAGCAGCCUCAAGACGCCAACCUCCGUGAAGCUUCUGUUCCCGAGUGCUACCGGACAAGUUCCGUGA